AUGGUUUACAAACAUCCUUUGAAUUCUUCCAGCUCCUCAGUAGGAUUUUGUGCAGAUCGUGACCAAUGCUGCAGCCUUCAGAGUGAGUCGCACGGAGCCGCUGCGGUGAACACGAAAACCUGCAGCUCCCGACAGACCCUCGGCCGACAAAGGGUUAAACUCACAGGGUCUGCGGCGAUGAUGGAUGAGGCGGUGACAGUUUCACACAGAGGUCCAGAGACAGGAGAGCGUGUGGGGGAAGCAAGGAUGGGAUGGAGCCGGGAACAGAGCGAUGUGAAAAGACAGGAGCAGAGAUGGAGGAGAGGAGGACACUGA